AUGGGAUUCUUUAAGAGGUCGCCCCCGCCAACGCCGGAAGACAACGGUUAUGGCAACAAAGAGGGCACCGGCGCCUUCGACAUCGAUAACAACGCCGCCCUGCAUGGCAACAACAUCGGCGUCAUUGAGGCCCACGGCAUCCGCGACGCGAGCCCUAAUGCCGCCGGCCGCACCGUCGAUGAGCUCAACGUCCCCGUUCCGCCGCAUACUACCCACGCCAAGCUGAUGCGCCGCAUCGACUUACGCGUCGUGCCCUUCCUCGCUCUGCUGUACCUCGUCGCCUUCCUUGACCGUAUCAACAUCGCGAAUGCUAAGGUCUUUUAUCUCGCCGAUGACCUCAAGCUGUCUGGUGUCCAGUACAACACCGCCCUGACCAUCUUUUUCGUGCCCUACGUUGUCUUUGAGCUUGCGUCCAACAUUAUGCUAAAGCGCUUCUCGCCGCGUGUCUGGCUAAGCUGCUGUGGCAUGGGUUUCGCUGCUGUCACCGUGUUCCAGGGACUGGUCCAGAACUACAGCGGUCUUCUGGCCACGCGUUUCUUCCUCGGCCUGUUUGAGUGCGGCAUGUUUCCAGGCUGCUUCUACCUCCUUGGCAUGUGGUACCGUCGCGAGGACGCCCAGCGCCGCUACUCCUUCUUCUUCUCAUCUACCUCGCUCGCUGGCGCUUUCGGUGGUCUCUUGGCCUCGGCCAUCGGCAAGAUGGACAAACUUCGUGGCUACAGAGGCUGGCGCUGGAUUUUCAUUCUCGAGGGUAGCGUCUCGUUUCUGAUCUGCUUUAUCUUCUUAUUCACUUUCCCGUCUUUCCCCGAGCAGGCUAAGUGGCUGCGCGAGGACGAGCGCGAGUACCUCAAGGCUCGCCUCCGUGCCGACCAGGGCAACAACGCCGCCGAGCGCAAGGUCACUUUCCGUGACAUAUUGACCGUGCUGCGCGACUACAAGAUUAUUCUCGGUGGUUUCAUGUACUUUGGCCUCAUCGUCCCCGCCUACAGCUACGCUUUCUUCAGCCCGACCAUUAUCGCCACCUACCACUACGGCCCCAUCCAGACCCAGCUGCACUCCGUCCCGCCCUGGGCCACUGCCUUUGGUUUCUCUAUGAUCGUCGCCUACCUCUCCGACAAGACCCGUCACCGCUUCUUGUUCACGAUCGGCCCCAUCUGCCUGCCCAUUGCCGGUUUCUCGAUGCUGCUGGCUAUCCACGACAACGUGCACGCCGAAUACGCCGCUCUGUUUCUCAUCUGUGCGGGUACCUAUUCUGCGAUGCCCGUUAUUGUGUGCUGGUUUAGCAUGAACCUGGGCGGCCACCACCGCCGUGCUAUUGGCAUCGCCUGGCAGAUUGGUUUCGGCAACAUUGGCGGCAUCAUCGCCACCUACUGCUUCAUCUCCACGGAUGCGCCCAAGUUUACCAAGGGUUACGCCAUCUGCAUCGGAUUUGUCCUGAUCAGCGCCAUCUCGUGUUGUCUAUAUUUUGCCGCGCUGGUGAUGGAGAACCGCCGACGUGAAAAGGCCGUGCGCGACGUUGGAAUGACCGAGUACGAGAAGACUGAGCUCGGCGACCUGAACCCGGACUUCCGCUAUAUGCUGUAA